UAGUCCCGUUAACACAAGCCACAUUAACCGGGCUUACAGGCUCCACUGAUCGGAUUUUCUGCUCAGAAUUUUCUUAAUUUUAUGUGUUAGUGAUGGCGCUACUAUUAUAGAAUUAGAUAGGCUGACACGUGGUGUUUUACUAGGUAGACGUUUCGGAGAACGUUUUUACGCACCAAAUUUGAGACUGGAUUUCCUAUUUAUUUGCUUUCCACUUUUAUUCUUGACUUCCUUUUAAGCACGCAGGUAUGUUCUCAGUUUUGUUCGGAUUGUUGUGUUUUUGUGCACUGGUUUGCAGUCGACAGGCGAGUGGACAACCGGACGAUGGAAAGAGGUACAUUUGCAGGGCAGUUCCCAUCAGCGGCGAUGCCAGUUGUCCCGUUACUCUCUUACCGGAGCUUAACACCGGCGGCCAAGAAGAAGAGCUCAGAAACACCGUUAUGCAGCUGCGAGAGACUAUCCUACAGCAGAAGGAAAAUAUUUCCAAACAGCAAGGCACCAUCAACGAGCUCACCACCAAGCUGUCUCUCUGCGCGUCCGCCACUGACGACAGGAGGUACGAUAAGGCGGGUUCCUGGGGAAAAGACAAGCAAAACACAAUGGGGGAUGUUCCCAGGGAUCCAAAUGACACCAUUGACAGUCUUCGGAAAACCAUGCAAGGGCUCAAGGACCGGUUGGAGAACUUGGAGCAACAGCAGAUGCGGGCCAACGUUUCCGGCGCCUCGUUCCCCAGCGAGCUUCGCGACCUGCUGCAGCGUCGACUCAGCCAGUUGGAAAAGCAGCUCCUGAAGAAGGUCAACAACCUGGAGGAGCAGAAGAGCAUGCUGUCUAACGCCACGGCUGCCUACAGGAUGAAGACUGAGAGCACGCUGAACGCACUGGUGGAGAGGAUCAGUGAGCUGGAGAAAGGAGGUGGAGACUACAAGUCCCCUGAGCAGUUCAAGCUUUCCCUUCCCCAGCGUACCAACUACCUGUACGGCCGAAUCACCAAGAGUCUGCCCGAGAUGUACGCCUUCACACUCUGCAUGUGGAUCAAGUCCAGCGCCAGUCCUGGCAUUGGGACUCCCUUCUCCUACGGAGUCCCAGGGCAAGCCAAUGAGAUUGUGCUAAUUGAAUGGGGAAACAACCCAAUAGAGCUGCUGAUUAAUGACAAGGUUGCCCAGUUGCCUUUGGAUGUACGUGAUGGGAGGUGGCACCACAUAUGCAUGUCCUGGACCACACGCGAUGGUCAAUGGGACGCGUACCAAGAUGGCGAGAAGCUGGGAAGUGGGGACAACCUGGCAGCCUGGCACCCCAUCAAACCUGGGGGAGUCAUCAUAUUAGGGCAGGAACAGGAUGUGGUGGGCGGGCGCUUUGAUGCCGGACAGGCUUUUGUGGGCGAGCUGAGUCAAGUGAACAUUUGGGACCGUGUUCUGAAGCCGGCGGAGAUCAGGUCUAUGGCUAACUGCAGCUCUUAUUUCCCUGGGAAUGUGAUCUCCUGGCUGCCAAGCAAUGUUGAAGUGUUUGGGAGGGGAGCGUUUAAGCGGCCCUUGGAGAUGUGUCAGGAGCGGCUGCCAAACGCUUAAAGCUCACUUACCUGCCUCUCUUUAGAUUAGCGGGUUUCCAUCCAUUCAGCAUUUUUUUUUUUACUCUCUGUUUUCACUGGAAGAACGUUUGUGGAAAUGAUGUUACAAUAUUGUUUAAUCUAUUGUUUUUUUCACUCAAUAUUUCAAAGUUUGUGAACACAUUUAGAAAAGUUAUUUGUUUGCAGACGCUCUCAGUGAUCAGCAGCUGUUUCAUUUCUAGGAGAAAAUCCGAGAGCCACUGUGUUCCAACAAUUAAGGAACUUAAUCUUUAAUACAAGAGUAUUUGUAAAAGGUUCCUUAAGGUACUGUUUCUAAAAAAAAUCCCAUACACCUUCAUUCCAACACAUUCUCCAAGAGCUCUCUCCCCCCCCCCAAUGCUCAAGCAAGCUUAAAUUAACACUCACCUCAAGCUUUGAGGUAAUGAAAAUCCACCUUAGUCCCGCACAGACAGCACGCACACUGCUUCUUCUAAAAAUACACUGACUCGCCGACAGUUUGCCUUUGACAUGUGAGUUGGUUGCGUGAUGUGUGGGAGUGAGUUACUGGAAAGAUUAAAAGCAGGCAAAUGUUAUGUCUAUUCCUUAACUAUGGAGCAGGCUUAAGGCAAACCUCAAUUACACCUCUGAUCCAGACGGGAUAUUUCAUUUAAAGGUAGAAUACAACUGGAAAAGUUCAAUGUAGCACUUUAUUUGUUCUUUAGUACUGGUUUAUGUGCAAAAGGCUUUUAUUCCCUUGCAGAAAUAGUAAAGUAGUUUUACGACUUACGUAAGUGUUAACUAAGACUUCAUUUAUUUCUUCUUGUCAUGCAUAAUACCAGUGAUACCAUUAAGACUAUCACAGUGCUUUUUUAAUAUCUUGCCUUUCCCAUUUGAACAAACCCAUGGUAAAAUCAAACUGAAAAGAUAUUCAUUAUCUUCAAUGUUGUGAAAUAUUUUUUACUCGUGAUUUGUGAUAUUGUUGAAGUGGAUGAAUGUUACAGAUUAGAUCUGAAACAAAACUCUCAAAUAUAUAUUUUGAAGUGAAUGUACGUUAAUUGUUGUAUCUUCAUCAUUUGUGAACGAUAUUGUAUUUUCUAUUGUAUUAUUUUUUUGUUAUUGUCCAAACAGAUUUUAGUUUUAUAAUAUAAUCUCUGGUUUAUGUAACAAUUACCCAUAUUGUCUUGUGGCCUUCAUAAGGAGACCCAAGUGCCGUUAUUUUUUUUUCUAAGUGUUGAAAGUUGUACACCUGCCAAUAAAUGAA